CACAUCCACUCUAUCCACAUCUCCAUUUCCCACACAUCUACCCUCCCCACCGACCCUCCCUCGCCUAUCAUCUGCAAUUUGUACCUCCCGCACCUUAUUCUGGUUUCUGCUCGCUUUCUGUCCAGUCCCGAUUAGGUGUCUCGUCCCAGGCUGCAGGCUCCACAGAUGCUGCCGGACCUGCGGAGUUCCUCUGGCGUUCUGUGUGCGCGUCUCCAGUUACGCUCACUUUGAAGUGUUCUUCCUACACUGUUUAACGUGGUGUAAGGCCCUUUCUCUCACUGCUCACCUCCGUGCUGUCCAUCCAACAUCUCGCACAGACUUCACAGUCUCCGCCUGAAACAUGAACUGUCCACUUCCCUAUACAGAUCUCCCCAGCAGUCAGGGUUCUCUGUCCACCAGGUUCGGCCAUCUCUUCCCCCCUCAAUUCUCUGUGAGGCCACUUUUGAACCGCAGUGAGGAGGUCGAACCCACCCCCGUCACUCCCAUCUCAUAAACACAGGAGUUUCUGCAGGUGCUGGAGGAACUCAGCCCGCCCGGCAGCAUGUAUGGAGAGGAAUAAGCAGUGGGCGUUUCGGCCGGGACACUUCAACUCCGCUCUCCUGGUGCGAUGCCUCCGCUGGCUGAGGGACACCUCCCCGCUUUGCGAUCGUUCCCACCUCCCACACUGCUGGGCGGGGUGGGGGGUGGGGGGGUCCCAAUGGAACGACAGUUCGGUGUGCCAGACACCGGAAAUGACGCCCCAAACAUGCGCACUGCCCACCCUGGACACAGAAGCUUCGAGAAGCUUGGCCGCAGGGCGCUGGAAGGAACGAUUUCCAGACUGGAUCAAAAAAAAGGAUCAGGCUCCAGCAGAAUCAUUCAGCACAGCAUGAGAGGGCGGAGCUUCCGAGAGAAGAGGCGAGACUCACACCCAAGUGGAAACAUUCUGCAGCGCUAAUCGUGGAAAGAGUUUGGAUCAUUCCACAGUCAAAGAAAGGCCUCAGCUAAACGUUUGUCCGUGCAUGUUGAAGAUUUGAUCGGAAAACCUGCAGGUUGAUGACAGUUGGAGCCAAAUCGAUUGUCAAAAUAUUUUGCAUCCCACUAAAGAGAGAAUUUACUUGUUUUGUAUUUAGCAAGAGGUGUUUUCAUUUACCCUUCAGCUCAAAACACUAUUUCUUCAUGCCAAUGGAACCAUUUCAGUAUUCCAUUUGUGGGAAACAGUACAGGCAAUCCAGUACCCUGAUUACACGUGAGGAAAGUUACAACGACAAGAGGUCAUUCAGCUACUCUGAGAACGGGAAGAGAUUCACUCCUUCCUCCCAGCUGAUGACACACCAUCAAAUUCACACCAGGGAGAGGCCGUUUAUCUGCUCAGAGUGCGGAAAGGGAUUCAGUCGAUCGUCCCACCUAAUGAGACACCAGCAAGUCCACACCGGAGAGAGGCCAUUCACCUGCUCCGAGUGCGGAAAGGGAUUCACUCAGUCGUCCAACUUGAUGACGCACCAGCGAAUUCACACUGGGGAAAGGCCAUUCACCUGCUCCAACUGUGGGAAGGGAUUCAGUCGAUUAUCCAGUUUGAUAACACACCAUCGGGUUCACACCGGGGAGAGGCCGUUCACCUGCUCCGUGUGUGGGAAGGGGUUCACUCAGUCAUCCAGCCUGGUGAUACAUCAGCGGGUUCACACCGGGGAGAGGCAGUACAUCUGCUUGAAGUGCGGCAAAGGAUUCUGUCUGUCAUCACACUUACUGAGACAUCAGCGAGUUCACACCGGAGAGAGGCCGUUCACCUGCUCUGAGUGCGGGAAGGGGUUCACUCAGUCGUCCAGCCUAAUGACACACCAGCGAGUUCACACCGGGGAGCGACCGUUUACUUGCACUGACUGCGAGAAGAGAUUCAGUCGAUUGUCCAGCCUGGUAACGCACCAGCGGGUUCACACUGGGGAGAGGCCGUUCACCUGCACCGAGUGUGGGAGAGGAUUCACUCAGUCAUCUAGCCUGGUCACACACCAGCGGGUUCAUACUGGAGAGAGGCAGUUCAUCUGCUCCGUAUGCGGGAAGGGGUUCAGCCGGUCGUCCCACCUGCUACGGCACCAGCGAAUCCACACCGGAGAGAGGCCGUACACCUGCUCGGAGUGCGGGAAGGGAUUCACUCGGUCAUCUCAUCUGCAGAGACACCAACGAGUUCACACCGGGGAGCAGCCGUUCAUCUGCUCCGAAUGUGGGAAGGGGUUCACCCAGUCCUCCAACCUGAUGAUACACCAACGCGUCCACACAGGAGAGAGGCCGUUCACCUGCACCAAAUGUGAUAAAAGGUUUCAAGAUUCCUCUUACUUGCUGAGGCACCAGCGCAUCCACACGGGGGAGAGGCCGUUCGUCUGCACUGAGUGCGGGAAGGGCUUCACUCAGUCAUCUGCCCUCGCCAGGCACCAGAGGGUCCACACUGGGGAGAGACCGUUCACCUGCUCCCAGUGUGGGAAGGGCUUUGCGCUGUCCUCCCACCUGCUGAGACACCAGCGAGUUCACAAUGGGGAGAAUCAUGGCGCGCCCAGUCAGACAACUGAGCCUCUGGGAGAUGAGCUGGUUGGAGACAGGAUUGUUGUCGGGCAACUGGACACUUCGGCCGCACUAAAGAAAGCUCCUGCCAUGGUCAGGGAGAGUGAGAACGUUUGUCACCAACAGGCAGAACUGAUAGUGAGGCAAAGCUGGAAGCUCAACGAAAAGAAGGUGCAGUUAGCAAGACCACAGAAAGAUGUGACGAUGAGGAAGAACCAAAUCCUGGAGGGACUGGAAGGCGCAGUCUGCCACAUGGACUGCAUGGACCUACCUUUGGAGGCAACGGGGGGCUCCGGCCCUGGUUUCGGGCUGAAAGCUCAGCCGAACCAAGACAAGCCGUUAACAGUUUUACUGCCUCGUUGUCGGGAACGUCCUGGUGGCUUCACCGGCUGCGGGAAUGUCUCGGACUGUGGCCCUGAAGGAAUUAUAUCCACCGGCUGCGGGAAUGUGUCGGACUGUGGCCCUGAAGGAAUUAUAUCCACCGGCUGCGGGAAUGUCUCGGACUGUGGCCCUGAAGGAAUUAUAUCCACCGGCUGCGGGAAUGUGUCGGACUGUGGCCCUGAAGGAAUUAUAUCCACCGGCUGCGGGAAUGUCUUGGACUGGAAUGCCAUGGACUGUGGCCCUGAAGGAAUUAUAUCCACCGGCUGCGGGAAUGUCUCGGACUGUGGCCCUGAAGGAAUUAUAUCCACCGGCUGCGGGAAUGUGUUGGACUGUGGCCCUGAAGGAAUUAUAUCCACCGGCUGCGGGAAUGUGUCGGACUGUGACCCUGAAGGAAUAAUAUCCACCGGCUGCGGGAAUGUCUCGGACUGUGGCCCUGAAGGAAUUAUAUCCACCGGCUGUGGGAAUGUCUCGGACUGUGGCCCUGAAGGAAUUAUAUCCACCAGCUGCGGGAAUGUGUCGGACUGUGGCCCUGAAGGAAUUAUAUCCACCAGCUGCGGGUAUGUGUCGGACUGUGACCCUGAAGGAAUAAUAUCCACCGGCUGCGGGAAUGUGUCGGACUGUGGCCCUGAAGGAAUUAUAUCCACCGGCUGCGGGAAUGUGUCGGACUGUGGCCCUGAAGGAAUUAUAUCCACCGGCUGCGGGAAUGUAUGCCCAUUUGAGAGCAUGCUGACGUGUGGCAUCACUGCGCCGUGUGGAAACAGCACUUCCGCGGACAGGAAGGCACUGCAACAGGUUAUCAGAACUGGCCAACGCAUCCCUGACAUCGAGGACGUAUUUUCAACGUCCUGGGCCAAUGACGAGGCAGGCAAAGCUGGGGCCCAUGUGAGUACCCGCGGCUACCCCUUGGGUCUGGAGAAAGUGGGAGGAGUUGAAGGAAAAGUUGUUGGAGGCGAGGACCAGUUCUGCCAGAUGCAGGAGGGUGUUGGAGAGGAAUCGGUGUACGGUCUCUCCUCCGUGUGGCUUCUCUGGUGUAUCAGCAGGCUGGAAGACCGGAUGAACCCCUUCCCGCACUCAGAGCAGGUGAACAUCUUCUCCCCGGUGUGGACCUGCUGGUGUCUCAGCAGGUUGAAGGAGUUUGUGAACACCCGGCCGCAGACCGAGCAGGUGAACUGCCUCUCCCCAGUAGCUUGUCUUCUGUGGAGCAAAACGCUGGGAGGGCAGCUCCCACCUGUUCUGGGCACCGACCCUGUCAAGUGCAAACGCUUCACCCCCUCGCUGCAAGCAGGCGACACCGGGGCCUCAGGCCUAGUCCUCCCUACAACGGCAGACUCGUCCCCCUCCAUCCACCCCUGCUCACGACCAACAAACCAGGCAUACUGCGUUCCAGGUGAACAAUGUCCAAAGGAAAGUGACCACGAUAGCCACUCGCUUUCUGACUGCCGAUUGGACUUUGUAAGCAGUCCCGAGAUUAGGCUUGGGUUAAAUCGGGGGAUCGCUGGGUCUGGCUCUGCACUGUAUCCCAAUGAAUAUAUCAGAAGUAACCUUCACGCCGGCUGGCCCAGCCCGACACAGGAAAAGCCCUCCCCACCACGAAUCACAUCUACCAGGCAUGCUGUCGCAGGAAAGCAGCAUCCACCAUCGAGGGCCCUCAUUGCCCAGGCCGUGCCCUCUUCUCGCUCCUGGCUUCGGGCAGAAGGUACAGGAGCCUCGGGUCCGACUCCACCUGGCUCAGGAACAGCAAUCACCCUACAACCAACAGGCUCCCGAACCGGCAAGGAUCGCUUCACUCUUGAUUCCACAACCUACGGACUCAUUUUCAAGGCCUCGACAGCUCGUGCUCUCGGUAAUGGUUUUGUUUUUGAUGCCCUGCGUCUCCUUUCUGACACUGGCGGUCUCACAGUCCUUGUGCGUGCAGGUCUUUCACCGAUUCAAUCGUAUCUCGUCGCUCCAUUGACUUGCCACCAAAGGCAGAUGUCAACCGAGCACUUGGCGUAUGGAAUGUCAUGUUUAGUAAACAAGAAACAGCCUACCCUGACCAUCUUCACAUCCCUGCCCGAGACUUCAGGACCAUCGGACCACUGCUACACUACUGCCUACUAUUCCAUCGCUCGACCUCAUUUACAAAAACCUAACUGCAGCCCUGUCAACAGGGACCGCCACCAGGAGGGAAAUCACCGAUUCACCGCCCCCCCCGAUCAAGACGUUCUUACCUCGGCAGCAAUGAACCCACUUCAGUGCUCUGAAUGCGGGAGACACUUCAAGAGACCCAGCGAUCUGGUGAAGCACCGACGAAUCCACACCGGUGAGCGGCCGUACACCUGCUCCGAGUGCGGGAAGGGGUUCACUCGCUCGUCGGACCUGCUGAAACACCAGCGGGUUCACACGGGGGAGAGGCCCUUCACCUGCCCCGAGUGCGGCAAGGGGUUCGUCCAGUCGUCGCACUUGGUGAGGCACCAGCGAGUUCACAACGGGGAGAGUCCGUUCACCUGCCCGACGUGUGGGAAGGGCUUCAUCCAGUCUUCCAACCUGGUGCGGCACCAGCGCGUUCACAACGGGGAGAGCCUCUUCAUUUGCUCCGAGUGCGGUAAGGGGUUCACUCGGUCAUCCCAUCCUCUGAUACAGCAGCAAGUGCGCCUCGGGGAGAGGCCUUUGACCUGUGCUCAGUGUAGGAAUGGAUUCACCGGGGAGCACUUUUCAAUUUCUCAAGCUAACCAUGUUGAUAAGACUCAGCAGCCCCUCCCAAAAGAAUGCAAGGAAGAAGAACAAAGCAGGUACCCUUCUCCAAGUGGAUCACCUGCGUUUGUGGAGCAGAAUACAGAUGAUGAUUACAUUUAUGCCAGUGAGGGGCUGUUUGCUUACCAUUCUGUGCGCCAUGGGCACGGCUUCAGGUUUGACAAUUGUACCUCACAGUUGAUUAAAAAGCUUUACCAACCCGAAUGUUCAUCCGCAUGGACAAAUUCCGAGGAAAUUAUUUGCAACGUCUUGGCGCCCUUGUCAACUGAAGAGGUACUGGCUGAUUUAGACCAGUGUUCGUUCAUUUCACUUAGCUUGAAUACAUCAAACAAGGAAGACCAAAAGCUGUUCCCGGUUCUGGUGCGUUACUUCCUGCCAGUGGCCGGGGUCAAAACAAAAAUCAUCGCCUUUACUUCGCGGCCAGGUGAGACGCCGGACCUGCAGUGCGAGUUUCUGCUUCAGCUGAUCAAGGCCAAUAAUCUCGGGGAGAAACUGGUUGGGCUUUGCGCGGACAACACCAAUACGAACUUUGGUGGCGCCAAGCGGGCCGGGAGGAACAGCGUGUGGCAGAAACUGCAGGUCCAACUGGGGAGGGAGAUCUUCAGUGUGGGCUGUGGGACUCACAUCGUUCACAACUGUCUGCAGACAGCAGCCGACUCACUGCCACUUGAUGUGGAGUGCUUUGCGGUGAAAAUUUAUAAGUACUUCCAUAUUUAUACUGUUCGUACAGAGGAGCUGAAAGACUUCUGCCGGUUUGUGAGCCUGGAGUAUUCCAAAUUGCUGGAGCAAGGCAGCGCACGGUUCCUUUCUCUGGGCCCAGCACUCGACAGGAUCCUAUUGAUCUUUGAGGGACUGAAGGUGUAUUUUCUAUCUCAGGAAAAGUGCCCUACGAUGUUAAGGCACAUGUUCAAUAACCCCUGCACCAAACUGUGGCUGGCUUUUGCCAGUAAACAGAUAGCGGUCUUUCAGAAGACGGUGGAGGCCAUCGAGAAGAACGAUUCCUCUGUGAUCGAGGUGGCCCUGCAGAUCCGGGCCCUGCGAGAAAGCCUGGCGGAGGGGCUGAAGGACAAAUUUGUCACGUCGGACACCAAGAUCCUGUUCCAGUGUCUGGUUGAGGACGAGGAAAUCACCGAGGAGAAGUUCUACGGCGCAGUGGAGAACUUCUUCUCAACGGCGGUGAGCUACCUGGAUCGGUGGAGGUCGGCCUUCGCGUGCACGGAGCUGCUGGAUUGGGCCUUGCUCAGAAGCAUGCCCAAGUGGGAGGACGUUCAGGGCAGCCUGGCCACUUGCCAGGCGAACAUUGCCUCCCUGCGGGUGAUAGACAAGAAGCGCCUCUUCGAGGAGUGGGGCAACUCGAAGCAAGUCGUCUCCAGGCUCCUGCCCGUCUGGAACACCGAGAAGCUGCCGGUCUCUGAGAGGUGGUGCCAGGUCUUCCGGGACAUGCAGAGGAGUGGGUUUGCGUGCUCGCACCUGGCGAAGGCCGUGGAGUUCGUACUGUGCCUGCCGGGCAGCACGGCCCCCAUUGAAAGACUCUUCUCGGCGAUGAGCACCGUCCUGUCGCCGGACAAGUCGCAUCUCAGUAUUUCCACAAUGAAGGCCAUCUUGCUGGUGCAGGUGAACUUUGACCUCGACUGUUUGGCCUUCUACGAUAAACUGCUGAAAGACAAAUGGACGUUACAGAAAAUUGCUUCAAAAGACAAUUACAACCCACAGGAAGCCUUGCACUAUAAAGAGGAGAAGGCCAGCUCUUCUAAAGGACAUCAGCAAACUCCGCUGCUGGUUUUCGGAGCUCUAAAUGCACGAGUUCCUCUGGCAGUUCAUCAUUCCAGAGUAGGCGCGUGUCUGCACGGUGAACGAGCUCUGCAGCGCCCAGCGUGGGGCUUCUCAGGGCAGCCGCAGUCGUCGCCGAACAUAGACGUAUGCCAAAAUCAAGUUAUGCUUCAUUUUGAGAUGCAACUGAUACUGGGAGUCAAGUCAGAAAAUAAGGGAGCGUUUGGCACCCAUGUCAUGGCUAAAGUACGGGACCGUUUGGAUGAAACUGGGGAGGACGGUCACCAGUUUAACGUGGUCACCCCAUCCAGGAAGAUCUCACGGAGACGGGUUUUGUUGGCGCCAGCAGUUCCUAAGCCAUCUCGGUUUGAGUCAUUACUGAAAGGCCUGCAGAUUUCAAUCGUUGACGAGUUGUGGGGAGAGCGGAAUAAACGGCCCCGCACGGGUCCCCCCACCCCGGGGACACCCGCACUGCGUUGGCGUGCCGAGUCCGCGCCUGCGCCGCGCCGCCGAGCCGGGGACAAAGCCCGUUUCCGAGGCGGGGUGUCGCCCGGAGCCCCGGCUCGGCACCGCCGGCAGGUGAGAGCGGACCCGCGGCCCCUCGACCCAUUUCCUGACUGCAACAUGGAGACCCUGCGCAGCGGCGUUUCGGUUACUCUGCAGGCCGCGCACUUUGCCGGGGACACUGAUGUGAAAUUGCAGCCGCUAACGUGCCGGAUUGUUCGGGGUGGAAGUGUCAGACUAGGAAACGUUGGGCUGUUUUUUCCCCCCUCAAUUUGGAAGAUAUUUUCACUCACACCAAUGAAACAAUUCCAGUGUUCCGACUGUGGGAAACACUUCAAGCGAUCCAAUGCCCUGCUGACCCACCAGCGUGUUCACAGUGGAGAGAGGCCAUUCACCUGCUCCGAGUGCGGGAAGGGCUUCACCCGCUUGGCCUACCUGGUGAAUCACAAGCGAGUUCACACCGGGGAGAAGCCGUUUACCUGCUCCGAGUGCGGGAAGGGUUUCUCUCAGUUAUCCACUUUGCUGACACACUGGCGAACUUACACCGGGGAGAAACCGUUCACCUGCCCCGUGUGCGGGGUGGGAUUCAGCCGGUCGUCCAACCUGGUGACGCACCAGCGGAUCCACACCGGGGAGAAGCCGUUCACCUGCUCCGAGUGCGGCAUGGGAUUCACUCGCUCGUCCAACCUGCUGACGCACCAGCGAGUUCACACCGGGGAGAGGCCGUUCACCUGCUCGGAGUGCGGCAUGGGGUUCACUCAAUCGUCACACCUCGUUUCACACCAGCGAACUCACACCGGGGAGAAGCCGUUCACCUGCUCUGACUGUGGGAUGGGGUUCAGCCGGUCGUCCCACCUGGUGACCCACCAGCGGGUCCACACCGGCGAGAGGCCGUUCACCUGCUCCGAGUGUGGGAAGAGGUUCACUCAGUCCUCAAACCUGAUGUCGCACCAGCGAGUUCACACCGGGGAGAAGCCAUUCACCUGCUCUGAGUGCGGGAAGAAAUUUACUCUGUCGACGCAGCUGCUGAGGCACCAGCGAGUUCACACUGAGGCGAAAGAGACGUGGCUGUCCAAUUAUCAGCAGGAGGCAAGUCCUGCCUGCAAAUGUCUCCCUUUUUCUGUCCUUCAAUUGAGCUUGCCGGCCGGUGGUGGAGUGGCAUCCGCCCCAGACUACAAGGCGAGUGGCCCCAGGUUCGAAUCCGGCCGGCUCCUUGCACGCUUUCUGUCUGUGCUGGGCUGCGCAUCGAGCUGGCAAUCCGGCCUCCGUAAAAAAAACAGACAAAUGCUGAAGAAACGGCAAGAACUCGAGCCUCUCGGCACACGGCCAGCAGCCAGCCCGCUGCUUUCGAUCUCCCGUGUACUCCCACAACACAUCAGGCGGCGGCACCGGCCUCGAAUCCGCCCCGCCUCCGGAGCCACGGAAAUCCGGCACCCUGGAGGCGCGCUAGUCUUCCAGGCCACGUCCUCGGCCUAUCGAAAAGCGGCCGGUUAUGAGACCCUGAGAGCGGAUCCCACUUCCGCAAAGAACCGAAAGUCAGCAUUUAACUCCAGCGGGGCAAAUUACCACAAAGUUCGCAGAGCUGAAGCACAGCCGCUGAGGACAGCCCCAGUGUCACAGAGAGAGGAGCCCCAGACUAUCUGGGCUGGCACUUCAGUUGCCCAAACCUUGCAUUGGGACCCGGGCCUGGGACACGCCACCCAAUGGUUCACUUCAGACCUGGAUUUCGCUGCUGCAGAAGCUGCUCUCGACCGCUCCAAAUCGGCACAAUGCCCGGAGAGAUCCAACCUCACGUCGGCGGCCCGGACGCUCGCCCAGCCGUGCGGGGAGAGGGCGAGGCGGGCGGGAGACGAUGCCGGGGAGCAAGUUCCAGCAACGACUCCGAGCCACUGGGACCGCAUGCCCAAGCGGCAGGUUGCAGAGGGAGUGCUGGGGCCCCCUCUCGGCGGCGGUGGGAUCAUCGGGGCACAGAAAGCGCUCAAUCGAACACCCACCGCUCCCAAUUCGCAUGCGCACGCACCUCAUACCGGAAGUGACGUCUACAAGGGGUCGCCGUUGGGCUCUGCGCCGGAGGCGCCUGCUCAGGUGAGCGACGUGUUUUCAGUCGGCACGGAGACGGUUUCUGCCCCCCGGGAGGUAUCGCUCAGCUUGGGACGGGGGCAGCAGCCGGCAACGGGGCACGACAGCGGGCAGGAUACGCACUUCCGGCCCAGGAGGCCCGGUGGGCGCCGGCGCCGGGAGCUGGAGGAUGUUGGCGCGUCGCUGGGCACAGGUGGGGGCUGGUUUAAUCGUUUCAUUAACCUGCCUACAGCUCGCAGGGUCCCUCUGUGCCACAGCAGCUCACAUGAAGAAAAUUCGCCUUGGAAUGGAAUUCACAAGUUCAUCACUGCCAAGUAUUUGAGACUCGCCAUUAAAGCUCACCUUACGGAAUUAACAAAACGCUUCACAUCAGUGACAUCAUUUCAUGUUUCCUCUGUGGGAGGAAACUUUAAGCAUUCCAGUGCCCCGAUAACACACCAACAAAAGCACACAGCUGAGAUGCCUUUCACCUGCUCUGAGUGUGGAAAGGAAUUGAUGAGAGCUUCUCAACUACGUAUACAUCAGCAAAUUCACACCGGAGAGAGACCCUUUACCUGCUCAGAAUGUGGGAAGGGGUUCACGAAGUCAGCUAACCUGAAGAGGCACCAAAAAGUUCACUCAAGCGAGAGGCCAUUUACCUGCUCCGAAUGUGGGAAGGGAUUCAUUGAGUCAUCCAACCUGGUGAUGCACCAGCGGGUUCACACCGGAGAGAAGCCCUUCACCUGCUCCGAGUGUGGGAAGGGAUUCAGUCGGUUGUGUAACCUGGUUAUACACCGACAAGUUCACACUGGUGAGAGACCCUUCACCUGCUCCGAGUGCGGGAAGGGAUUCAGUCGGUCAACCCACCUCCUGAGGCACCAGCACAUUCACAGUGAGGAGAGUCCAUUUACCUGCUCCGUCUGUGGGAAGGGAUUCACCCAGUCAACCUAUCUGGUGAUGCACCAGCGAGUUCACGCCGCUGAGAGACCGUUCAUCUGCUCUGUCUGUGGGAAAGAACUGGCAGAUUCCUCUCAACUACUGAUACACCAGCGAACCCACAAAGCAGAGAAAUCAUUCAUCUGCUCUGUGUGUGGAAAGGGAUUUGCUCACUCAGCCAAACUGAAGAGACACCACCGGGUCCACACUGGGGAGAGACCGUUCAUCUGCUCUGAGUGCGGGAAGGGCUUCACUCAGUCAUCCUCCCUGCGGACACACCACCGUAUUCACACGGGGGAGAAGCCGUUCACGUGCACUGAGUGUGGAUUGGGAUUCAUCACUUCAUCCAUCUUGGUAGCUCACCAGCGAGUUCACACUGGGGAGAGGCCAUUCACCUGCCCCGACUGCGGUGUGGGAUUCAGUCGGUCAUCGCACCUGCAAACUCACCGGCGGAUUCACACCGGGGAGAAGCCGUUCACUUGCUCCGACUGUGGUAUGGGAUUCAGUCGGUCCUCCAACCUGCUGAAUCACCGGCGGGUCCACACUGGGGAGAGGCCGUUCACCUGUGCUCAGUGCGGGAAGGGUUUCACCCAGUCAUCCCACCUGCUCACGCACCAGCGAGUUCACACCGGCGAGCGGCCGUUCACCUGCUCCGAGUGUGGGAAGGGAUUCACCGAGUCCUCCGGUCUGCUCACCCACCAGCGGGUCCACACCGGGGAGAGACCAUUCAGCUGCUCCGAGUGCGGGAAAGCAUUCACUCUCUCUUCUUACCUGCUGAAGCAUCAGCGUGUUCACACCAGAGUGAGACCGUUCACUUGCUCCGAGUGUGGGAAGGGAUUCAAAGUCUUUUCCAAGCUGCAGAAACACCAGCAAGUCCACACGGGGGAGAAGGAUUAAUGGUGCUGUGUCCGGCGUCACAGCUGCUGAAACGCCUGUGGGGUUGGGAUUCUGCAGUUGUUAUCUAUCAGUCUUCCGAACUUGGCCUGAAUUUAACAUUCUGGAUCUCAGCCCAAUAAAUAUCCUCAAUUUUAAACAAACUGGGCCAGAUUGAGCUAGGUUUUCACAUGGUUUCUGAUCAGGAGCCCUGCUGAUCUUGCCUGUUGUGUUCCUGUCUCCAUCAACUAUUCCCUGUUCCAGAUCGUAACCACCCUCUGAGGAUAUUAUAUACAUUAAGCUGAACACUAUAUCAUAUGUGUGCCGGGGACUGUCCCGAUUUACUGUGCUUUUAAUACAUAAAAUUACAGUAAAACCCUACUGCACUGAGUACAACACGUAGUACACCUGCAAUACUACAGUGUUACAGGCCUGGAAAUGCCACCGGCCUGACGUCCUCAUUACACCUCAACUGUCAGUGGACAGCAGUUCACUCACCAAGGUUCAAAUCAAAAGCUGUCCAUCACUCUCUCCUCAUUUAAGUAAAACGAACACCUCAUCGAUUAACUGAGCUCUGCCAACUUGCACACAUUCUUCAAUCAGACUCUGUUUACCAGCGCUCAGGGAGAACAGCCUGGGCCCUGUCACCACACCGUUCUGAGGUUUGAACACAGAAUGCCAUUUUCAAACAAAACGCUGUGUCCCUACAUUCAAGAUAAACCCACUUGCCCGAACUGCCACUUCCUGUCAAUACAGGCUCGCAGAUAUUUCUCACAUUCACUGACAGCAACACAAUCCAACUCUGCACAGAGUCAAUGCUUCUGUACCUGUUGAAAAAAUAUGUAUUCUGAAAUGCCAUAUAAAGCAAUGGCCUUGUAUUGAGAUCAGUUUUUAAACAAAAUCUCUCAACAACUGUGACAGUGGGAAAGUGUGUAUGGAACCAGAGGAAAUAGCAGAGGUACUUAAUGGAUACUUUACGGAUGUGCUGGAGCUUUUGAAAAGCAUCAAGUAGGAUAUGUCGCUGAGACCGGAUGAGAUGUACCCCAGGUUACUGUGGGAGGCGAGGGAGGAGAUUGCUGAGCCUCUGGUGAUGAUCUUUGCAUCAUCAAUGAGAAUGGGAGAGGUUCUGGAGGGUUGCAGAUGUUGUUCCUUUAAUCAAGACAGGGAGUAGAGAUAGCCCAGGAAAUUAUAGACCGGGGAGUCUUACCUCUGUGGUUGGUAAAGUUGAUGGAGAAGAUCCUGAGAGGCUGGAUUUAUGAACAUUUGGAGAGGUAUAAUAUGAUUAGGAAUAAUCAGCAUGGCUUUGUCAAAGGCAGGUUGUGCCUUACAAGCCUGUUUGAAUUUUUUGAGGAUGUGACUAAACACAUUGAUGAAGGUAGAGCAGUAGAUGCAGUAGCAGUAGUGGAUUUCAGCAAGGCAUUUGACAAGGUACCCCUUGCAAGGCUUAUUGAGAAAGUAAGGAGGCAUGGGAUACAAGGGGACAUUGCUUUGUGGAUCCAGAAUUGGUUUGCCCACACAAGGCAAUGAGUGGUUGUAAACUGGUCAUAUUCUGCAUGGAGGUCGGUGACCAGUGGUGUGCCUCAGGGAUCUGUUCUGGGACUCUUACUCUGUGAUUUUUAUAAAUGACCUGGAUGAGGAAAUGGUGGAAUGGGUUAGUAAGUCUACUGAUGACACAAAGGUUGGAGGUGUUGUGGAUAGUGUGGAGGGCUGUCAGAGGUUACAGUGGGACAUUGAUAGGAUGCAAAACUGGGCUGAGAAGUGGCAGAUGGAGUUCAACCCAGAUAAAUGUGAAGUGAUUCAUUUUGGUAGGUCAAAUAUGAUGGCAGAAUAUAGCAUUGAUGGUAAGACUCUUGGCAGUGUGGAGGAUCAGAGGGAUCUUGGGGUCCAAGUCCAUGGGAUGCUCAAAGCUGCUGCGCAGGUUGACUCUGUGGCUCUGUGACUCUGUGGACUCUAUGGUGUAUUGGCCUUUAUCAAUCGUGGAAUUGAAUUUGGGAGCUGAGAGGUAAUGUUGCAGCUAUAUAGGACCCUGGUCAGACCCCACUUGGCGUACUGUGCUCAGUUCUGGUCGCCUCACUACAGGAAGGAUGUGGAACCCAUAGAAAGGAUGCAGAGGAGAUUUACAAGGAUGUUGCCUGAAUUGGGGAGCAUGCCUUAUGAGAAUAGGUUGAGUGAACUCGGCCUUUUCUCCUUGGAGCGACGGAGGAUGAGAGGUGACCUGAUAGAGGUGUAUAAGAUGAUGAGAGGCAUUGAUCAUGUGGAUAGUCAAAGGCUUUUUUCCAGGGAUGAAAUGGUUGCCACAAGAGGACACAGGUUUAAGGUGCUGGGGAGUAGAUACAGAGGAGAUGUCAGGGGUAAGUUUUUCACUCAGAGAGUGGUGAGUGUGUGGAAUGGGCUGCCGGCAACGGUGGUGGAGGUGGAUACGAUAGGGUCUUUUAAGAGACUUUUGUAUAGGUACGCGGAGCUAGAAAAAUAGAGAGCAAUAGGGACGUGUUCGGCACAACUUUGUGGGCCGAAGGGUCUGUAUUGUGCUGUAGGUUUUGUAUGUUUCUAACUGCAUCUUUCAAUCAAUAUUGCCACAUAAUUGGUAAGAGGCAAAGCUCAUGUUUACAUCCUUACUGUUAAGCUGUAGGUAUUUACCAGCUCUGUAAGAGCUAUUUGUUCCGCUUUCAGCCUGUUUGGGUUAUUGUCGAAGAUAAGUGAUGAUGUGGAAUGUGUGCCAUCCAAUUAACGAGAGGUUUUCUUGGCAAAGGACAAUAAGGUUGGACUGGGAGCUUUUGUUCUUGAGGAGAUGAAGAGAGAAGUCGCUGGGUAGAACCAGUCGUGGCAGACAAUCCAGUGGGAGACCCGUUGUUGGAUUGCGAGCGAUGUUCAGAAGGUGGUGUAUGCUUUCACGUUGACCGAGGGCCCAGCACGCGUGAGUGACAGAGAAGUUCAAGAUGAGCUCCAGCUUGUGCACAUUUGACUGUUAGAAUGGGCCCUUUUCUUUUUGUUAUUCUUUACUAACCGUUUAGUUAAGAGUUAUAAAUAUAAUCCCUUUAAUCGUAUUCAGUGUACUGUCUGUUAUUUCAUGGUGUUAAUUUGUAACAGGGUAGGAAAUGACACAGCAUCCACACACACCGGGGUUUGGGGUGGGAUCGAGUGCACCUCAAUCUCACGAGUUUGUCAGGGCCGGAGGUUGUUUUCCCCAGACUUACACAGCCAAGGAAACCAAGGGGUUUUCACUAGUAUCUGUGUGACAGGGUAAAAUGCACAACCCUUGUUAUCCAGGAUAUGUAGUGACGUGUCUAUCACAAUAUUAAACUAAACAGAGGUUAUGGUUCAUUUGUUUUCUCCUCCGGGCUGAAUACGAAUGAGUUUUGUGGAUUCAGACUGGCCCUCAGUUGUUAGCCUGGAAUUUAAAUCUGUGGAAUGAGCCCAAGGAAAUAACUGGGAACCUGUCUACAGAUCCACCAGAACUCAAAAACUCAUCAAGUAACAUGACCAACGCAGUCAACGGCCUUAGAAAAACUAUUAAAAACCACAGCCAAGAUUUUGCGAUUCAUUUUAGCCCUUACAUGUGCACCUCUCUACCACAUUCUCUGACCUUCUCCCUGUAACAUUUAAUGUCUUUGCUAAUCAAAAGCCUGUCAGCUGCUACUCUAAAUAUACCCAAUGACAUAACAGCAUCUUUCCUAAAACCUGAAAACACAACCCAAAUUCUGUUACGUCAGUAGGCCCAGGAAUUACACACUAAUCUCCUUGGUAACCAAAUAUGUACCAGAAAGUCGAAGGUUAUUGUCAACUGUGGGGUUUAUUUUCUUGCAGGCAUUUACAGGAAAAUAAAGAAAUAGAUCAGAAUUGAUGAAAACAAAUCUUGAAAACCGAAGGAUUGUGUACCUCCUGCUCCGAUGGUAGUGGUGAGCGGUGUUGCGUGGCCUGGGUGCUGGGGGUCCUCGAUGCUGGAUGCUGCCUUGCAGAUGUGCUCAGUGAUGGGGAGGGCUUUCCCUGUGAGUGACUGGGCUGUGUCGGCCACACUGUAGACUUUUCCACUCCUGGAGGUGAUGGAACCAGUCAGGGUGCUCUGGGCGUCUGUUGUACAUGAAUUCGUCAAAAUUUUAGAUGAUGUGCCAAACCUAUGCAAACUUUUCAAUGAAAAGGACUGAACUAAAAAAAUCAUUGUGUAUAAUGUUCAUCAGUGUUUGACAGUUCAUACCUGUCAGUGAAAUCCUUCAGUCUCAAAAGCUUAACCUUCCCUGUUCUGUUGCAACCUCUGACUUUGCAAAUAUUGCCCUUGUCCUGCUUCUGUUUUGUAAGUGUAUCUUAAAUGUACUUUUUCUCUCAAUCCCACCAUUAAUUUAACAGUCUUUGCCCUGUAUACAGCAGUCUCAUCUCCUUGAUAAUUUUGAAAUGGACAAAAUCUAAUCUGUAGAUUGAAGUUAUAUAAGACUUUGAUGGGGCCUAAUUUGGAGUGUUGUGUGUGACACAGACAGCUAUGGCGGCCAAGUCACUGGGUAUAUUUACGGCAGAGGUUAACGAUGUCAAGAGUUAUGGGGAGAAGUCAGGAGGAUGGGGUUGAGAGUGAUAAUAGAUAAGCAAAGGUCAAAUGCUGGAGCAAUCUCGAUGGGCCGAAUGGCUUAAUUCUGUUGCUGUGUCUUGCAGUUAAAUAGUGUUCUCAGAUCCCUCUGUCGUACCACACUCUCUGGUGCCCUACCAUUCACUGUGUAACUCCUACCUAGUUUGUCCUCCCAGAGUACAACACCUCACAUUUGUCUGCAUUAAAUUCCAUCUGCCAUUUUUCAGUCCAUUUUCCCAGCUGCUCUAGUCCCUGCUGAAAGCUUUGAAGGUCUUCCUCGCUGUCCACUACACUCCCGAUCUUGGCAUCAUCACAAAUUUGCCGAUUAGGCAUGAGAUUAUCGAAAGGUGGUGCAAGAACCAAUUGCCACCUUCCUUCUAUUUCCUUGUUACAGCAUUAUGUCAGAAACACCUGGAAAUGCACGCAAAUGUAAAUCGUUGCCAUAACUGACAUUGUUUUUGUUAAAAGUACAUGUUAUUUUAUUAACUUUGUUUCUUAAAUGAAUUAAAUAUGAUAUUAAAUUGUU